CUUGUUCUCCAUGGCAACACAAACAUGGGAAUUCGAGGUAUGAAAACGAUAAAAAGAUGGCAGCUCAGUGUGGACUUGAAAAAACUCGACAUGCAAAAUUGUCGAUUAACAACAGCGCAGUUACAGGAAUUGUCAAAUAUGCCACCAAAUACAAAGUUUAACACACUUCGUCUUAAUGAGAAAAGAGCCGUUUCAAAGGAAGAUGUACAGGCAUUGGUGGAUCUUCUCCCUCGAGUAACAGAUACGUUAUCGUUGUUUGGAUGGAAAAUUUCGAACGAUGAUUUCCUAAUGUUAGAGACGAAGAAACCAGAGGGUUUGAAGAUUGAUAUGAAAGGAUCUCAUGCUGACGGAGUAGAGGAAAGUGAAGGUUACAUCGACCCAAGAGGUUUUCAAAUGAAGAUUGGAACAUGUAGAGUACGAUUCCAGAGAAAUACUGUCGAAAAACCGACGUUUUUUCAAGUUCUUCCCACAAUUAACCCAGGGAACGAGCCGGAAGGGUAUUUUACUAUCACACCCCGCAUCACAUGUAACCCACCAAUAAAUUUUAACGUCCCUAUGACGGUCAAGCUACCAACGUGGUGCAGAACUGAAUCUGAUGAUGUCAUUGCUUAUGUCAUGUACAAAGACAAAGGACAGGACGCUACCUGCCAGAUUCUGGAACGAAAAAAUUUGAAAGACUGUGGACGACAAAUAACAUUCGAAUCUGCUUACCACAUCCUUACAUUUGCAUGCAAAUUUCCUGGUCAAGAGGUUAUGACAUUUGGACCCGAAUCCAAAGAAUAUUUCCUGCUAGGAGAAAACUUUGCUCUCACACGACGAAGCACUGUUGACUUCAAAUUACAAUCACUUCCUAAUCCUGGACAGUACCUGAAAAUAACAUCAACUCUCAGUGACGGCGAAUCAUUGGUUACCGAUUUGUUGUGGUCGGGAGAAGAAUCUUCAUCUACGAGCCAGUCAUCAAUGGAAACAGAAGAGGAAGUCCACUUCACUAAAUCAACAGAAAAACAUAUUGAUAAAGAAAGAGGAAUAAUAUCGCUAAAUGGAAACAGAAUUAUCUUCCCCGAUGGUGCCUUGGAUCAAAAAACAACAUAA